AUGGAUAUGUCUAAACCCCGCGCCUCCCCCCGGGCCGCCGCCCGCGCCGGCCGCCUCCGCCUCAACGAGCAGCCCGUGCACGACCUGGACACCGUGCUGAAGAAUAAUGAUUUUCUCAGGAAUACAGUGCAUCGUCAUGAGCCUCCAGUCACUGCCCAGCCUAUCCAAAUCUUGGUGGAGGAUGACAGCGUGGUAGUUGUAGACAAACCGUCCUCCUUACCAGUACAUCCAUGUGGCAGGUUUCGUCACAACACCGUCAUCUUCAUCCUAGGCAAAGAGCAUAAUCUGAAGGAAUUGCAUACAAUUCACCGACUCGAUCGCAUGACUUCAGGAGUACUGAUGUUUGCCAAAACUGCAGAGGUGUCCAAGAGGAUUGAUGAGCAGGUUCGGCAGAGACAGCUGGAAAAGGAGUAUGUCUGCCGUGUGGUGGGGGAGUUUCCAGAAAACGAAGUGGUCUGUGAAGAGCCCAUACUGGUUGUUUCUUACAAAGUGGGAGUGUGUCGUGUGGACCCCAAAGGGAAAUCCUGCAAAACCAUCUUCCAGAGACUCAGUUACAACGGGAAAACCAGUGUAGUCAGGUGUCUUCCACAUACUGGCCGCACCCAUCAGAUCCGGGUACACUUGCAGUACUUGGGAUAUCCUAUUGUCAACGACCCUAUCUAUAAUAUGAGAGCCUGGGGUCCUGAAAGAGGCAAAGGUGGCAAGAUUGAUAAAACAGAUGAAGAACUCCUGAAGGCACUAGUAGAGGAACAUCGUUCCAAACAGAGCCUGGAUGUUUUAGGUAUUUCAGAGGAGGACUUGAGCCCCAAUGCAGAAAAUAAAGAAUGUGGUAAUUCAAGUGACUGCAUGGAAUCUGUGCAGGUUGAUCCUAUAAAUGGGAACUCUUGUCCUGCUGAGGACACUAAGGAUCCAGAGAGAGGUGAAAUACCAGCUUGUCUACAGAACUCUGAUACCAACCUGGAAACACUUGAAAAAAAUAAACAAAGUAGUUCGUGUGAGAUUUGGGAUGGGCCAGUGGGAGAGAGAGGUUCAGAAGAGAAGGACCCUUUAUGUGUGGAGUGUAAAAUUACAAGGCGGGACCCAUCUCCUAAGGAGCUGGUGAUGUACCUGCAUGCCUUGCGCUAUAAGGGAGCAGAAUUUGAGUAUUGCUCCAAGAUGCCUGAGUGGGCAAUGGAAGACUGGGAGGAAUGACAGAGGAACUUUGACAUCUAUGGACACUGUUCUAGCAUGGCCAGAAGAGAGUGUCUUGCAAAGACCUAAGUAUGCUUGAUAGUAAAAGUAACAGUUCUAUUUGAGAUAGGGUGGAAAAACUUGUUGAGGCCUGAGAACUGUUCUGACUGCUGAUAGGUACUUAAAAGAUGAGCAGGAAGUCAGGGCUACAAUGCUAGAAUUAUGUUUCCUUUUAGUUAACUAACAUUUCUGUGCAACAGUCAUCACAAUCAUCACUUGGUAUGCUUGAAAUUCGUCUCCUCCCCUCCUGCUCCAAUGUAUUUUGGGUCUGUUUUCAGUUACCCACACAGAUAAAGUGCAUACACUUAAAAUCAAGAGCUGAUUUCCUUCCAUCUUCAUAUGUAAUGUUCUUGUAUCUUAGAAUAAGAACUGCUGGAAUGUUGUUCCACUUCAUGGAUAUCAUGUCGUACAGAAAAUUGCUUCUACUUUGAUUUGUCAGGUUGUUUUAAAACCAAAACAUUAAAACUGAGGACAAAAUAAGGUAAAACCAAAGCACCGUGAAGCCGAUUCAUUCCUGGCAAGAUAAUUCUUGUUGAAGUGUACAUAGCAUUAUGUUUUUUAGUGUAUGGUUAUUGUCUGUAAUGUUCCCAUUCUUCUGUUAGUGUUUCCAUUUUUGAUAGACUUUGCUUUGAAGUUACUCUUUCAGAAUUCCUUCAAAUAAUUACUUAAGAUUAGGAGCUGAAGGGUUGCUUCAUCUAUGCUUCAGUGUGACAAUAGGUUUUAAAGAGAAACAAAAGCAGUUUUACAAACCAAGAGAGACUUUUUUUCUUUUCUUUAAGCACUUUGUAGUAAUGUGUUUCCAGGAUGAUAAAUACCACUAUAGUUACUCUUUUCA